AUGGUACUAGCAGCAACCAACCAUCCAUGGAACAUUGAUGAGGCAUUUCGCCGAAGAUUUGAGAAAAGGAUAUAUAUUCCUCUUCCAAACGAUGAAACAAGAUCUGCCUUGGUGAAACUAUGCCUAGAAGGAGUAAAUAUUGAUCCUCCUCUAGAUACUAACAAAGUUGCUGACAGCCUUAAGGGCUACACAGGAUCAGACAUAAGUAAUGUAUGUAGGGAUGCUGCCCUUAUGGCAAUGAGGCAUAAAAUAUGUGGCAGGAGUCCAGAAGAAAUUAAGAAAAUCAAGAAAGAAGAUGUUGAUCUACCAGUAACUAUGCAGGAUUUUGAUGAAGCAUUAACAAGAUGUAAAAAAAGUGUAUCAGCAGGAGACAUUGCAAAAUAUGAAGUUUGGAUGGAAGAAUUUGGAUCUUGCUAG